UUGAACAUCCCGCAUGCGCAGUAGCAUACCGGCGACGGCUGUAAGAACGGUGGCCUAGCAAAGAAGGGGAUUACAGAGCCCGAUUUGACAGGCUACACAAUGAGUCAAGGUAAGGACAAUGCACGACUUAAGAGCUACAAGAACAAGUCUCUCAACACAGAUGAAAUGAGAAGAAGGAGGGAAGAGGAAGGCCUACAGCUCCGCAAACAGAAGAAGGACGAACAGCUGUUUAAGAGGAGGAAUGUUGCCACAGUUGAGGAUGAUGGCCCCCUGGAGGACGAUGGGAUGGCCGAUAGCGGCUACCUGGAGUCCCAGGCUAACAACAUGGACCCACUCAUGGGUGGGGUGAUCUCUGAAGAUAUGACUCAAAUGAUCUUCUCCAGUUCGCCUGAGCAGCAGCUAAUAGGCACUCAGCGCUUUAGGAAACUCCUCUCUAAAGAACCAAACCCACCUAUUGAUGAAGUCAUUGCCACUCCAGGGGUAGUGGAGCGGUUUGUUGAGUUCCUGAAGAGGAGAGAAAACUGCACAUUGCAGUUUGAGGCUGCAUGGGUGUUGACCAACAUUGCAUCAGGUACAUCCCAUCAGACACGGGUGGUCAUCCAGGCAGGAGCUGUGCCCAUAUUCAUAGAGAUGCUCAGCUCGGACUUUGAAGACGUACAGGAACAAGCAGUGUGGGCCUUGGGAAACAUAGCAGGAGAUAGCACAGAAUGCAGAGACUUUGUCAUAGACUGCAACAUUCUGCCUUCCCUGGUGCAGUUAUUGGCCAAACAGAAUCGUCUAACAAUGAUGAGGAACGCGGUGUGGGCGCUCUCAAACCUAUGCAGAGGGAAGAACCCACCCCCAGACUUCACUAAGGUGUCCCCAUGUCUCAGUGUACUGUCUUGGCUGCUGUUCGUCAACGACACAGACAUCCUGGCUGACGCAUGCUGGGCGCUUUCCUACCUAUCUGAUGGCCCCAAUGACAAAAUCCAGGCUGUUAUUGACUCAGGAGUUUGUCGCAGGCUGGUGGAAUUACUGAUGCAUUCUGAUUAUAAGGUGGUAUCCCCUGCAUUGCGAGCUGUUGGGAACAUAGUGACUGGAGAUGAUCUGCAGACACAGGUGAUCCUGAACUGCUCGGCGCUGCAGUCCCUACAUCACCUCCUGAGCAGCCCCAAGGAGUCAAUCAAGAAGGAAGCCUGCUGGACUAUCUCCAACAUCACUGCAGGAAACCGAGCACAAAUACAGAUGGUGAUAGAUGCCGGUCUGCUGCCUCCUCUCAUCACUAUCCUGCAAGUAGCAGAGUUUCGCACAAGGAAGGAGGCAGCAUGGGCCAUUACCAAUGCCACCUCGGGGGGCUCUGCAGAGCAAAUCAGGCACUUAGUGGAGCUGGGCUGCAUAAAACCAUUGUGUGACCUGCUCACACUUAUGGACUCCAAAAUAGUUCAGGUGGCUCUAAACGGCCUAGAGAACAUCUUGCGACUGGGAGAACUGGAGGCCAAGAGAGGAGGAGGAAUCAACCCCUACUGUGCACUCAUCGAAGAGGCCUACGGCCUGGACAAGCUGGAGUUCCUGCAGGGUCACGAGAACCAGGAAAUCUACCAGAAAGCCUUCGACCUGAUCGAACGCUACUUCAACACUGAAGACGAGGACCCGUCUCUGGCUCCGGCCGUCGACCUGCAGCAGCAGCAGUUCCUCUUCCAGCAGUGCGAGGCCCCGAUGGAGGGCUUCCAGCUAUAAUGCUGAAUCCUCCCUCUCCCCCUGUGCUCCACCUUCAUCCUCACCUCUGCUCAUUUCUCUCGCUCUCUGCCCACUGCCAUGAUCAAGGGCGACGACGACGACCCUCGGCAAUUGAUUUUAAUCAUUAUCAUGAUUAUGAAAAAUUUAACAUUACAGGAGCACGUGUGUGUGCGCGUACGUCCAACGUGGGUCAAGUUCCGCAGUCUUGUCAGCCAGUUCGUGAAGGUUUCACUCAUCAUUCUGUCUUGCGCUGAGCUCACCUCUGCGCCUAAUUCCUCAGCACCUGGAGCCCUACUACCUGCUCAGGCCCCAGCAUCUCCUACUAGCAGAUUUUCCCGUAACACCACCCUCGUCUUACUUUUUUGGAAUUCCUCCUCAGAUCAUCCCAAAUGAAAAGCACUUCUCCGUGUUCCCGUAGGAUUGGCGAUCCCUAUCUCUGAGUCAGUGGGAGUUUCAGGACUGCACUGCUUGUCUGAUUGAAGCAUUAAUGACUCGCAAGACAGACAACCAUGGACGUGAUUUUACCCCCCUCCCACACACGCACACACACACACACAGAGAAGAAUGAUCCAACCUAAACACUGGACUGACCAUGAGACGUUGACCACAUAUUUAAAUGUGGUCACUGGACUGAAUUGCCCACAGCGGGGCUACGUGGCCAGUCCCAAACCUCGGACUCAACUGACCUCUACAAAACGCACUUAAACGACUCAAAAAAAAAAAAAAAAAAGGGGGUGAAUUACCUCCUCUCCGGCCAUUGGAUAAGUGACCACAGAUGGACAAAUUAGGAACCUGACUGUGUCGCUGAGGGGUGGAGCUUGUUGGUUACAGACCAGGCUGCUUGCGAUCCCUCCUGGAUUCUCAUAUCAUGCAUUCCUCUAUCCAGUAAUGGGACUUUUCCUCCUGCACAGGCUCCAUCCUGAAGAGUUUAGACUGCCUCCUGCCUCUGGUGUGAUGUGAAUAACCCCAUGGAACCAUGGGAUUUGGAGUCUUCCCUCGCACUGAGACAAUUGGACAGACUUGGACAAGACAAAACAGACUAUUUAACCCUGGAUUCUGUCCAGCAGCAGACCAGCGGGAAUUUUUAUUAUCUUUACCAUACUUUCAUUUCAUUUGCAGCACUUUAGUUCAGGACUGAUGCCUCAUUGAGAGUAUACCAUAGUUUUUACAUUAACUAUUUAAUUGGUUGAUGACACGGCUCUUCCCUCCUCAGGAAGCGAGGUGUUGAGGUGUGAUCUGUAUCCUCGGUCCCUUUCUGGUGUAACAAGGAUUACAAUGUACUUCACUGUUUACCCUUCCUACAGAGGGACUCAAGCAGAUUGUGGACUGAAACUGUUAGCACACUAAUCAGUAGAUCAUACUGCCUCAGCAAAGCUACAAGAACAAGAAGUAAAUCAAACCCUCUUUGGAAAAUUGGCUGUUUAGGUUAGCAUCUGUCAUGUUGCUGAUGGUGCCAUAAUCCUUAUUCUACAGAAAAUCCUUCCAGAUAAUUUCAACGAAAAUCCAGAUUAAAACUUGAAAAUACUGGUGAUCAUCUUAGUUAGCUAAACUGAAUGUUUGUUUACUAAGUCCUCUUUACAUUGCUUACUUUUUGUCGAAAUCUCUGCAAGAGAUGACCAGCUCUACAUGUACAUUACUGUUUGUUGUAUUGUUUGUGCAACUGUCCUGUUAUGCCAUUUGCAUAAAAGCCGUUUCAUGAACCAUA